AUGUCAUCAAACAAAAAGUGCACCAUACCAAUAGCGCGAGGUACACCACCCUCACGAACUGUGAGCUUCAGUGAACUGCGUGGUGGCAAGGAAGGGGUGCGUGUAUCGCUGAGUGUGGAAGAGCUCGCACUAUUGGAUGAAAUUCAACGUCGUGGACGAGUCAGUUCUUCCACCGGCGUGCGAACAGGAAAGAUUAGUGUUGCAGAAUUAAUGGGAUGUGGUGAUAAAAAUGCUGACAAGAAGAGACGAAAAAAAGAUCGAAGGAGCUCGGUAAUGACUAGUGAGUACACUAAUGACUUCCACAAUCGUGCACCAUCAAUGAUUGAAACAUCAAAUCACGGAAUAUCGGUCGAUCCCGCCACUCUUCUUGAUGUUGCAGGAUGGAAGAUUCCUCCACUACCACCAGGACUUGUCUCAAUAACCCACGAAGCAGAUCGUCGUCCAUAUCCAUCAACUCUUCCUACAUGUAUAUUUGAAAAGGCGAUGAAAGCAGCUGCGAUUGUUCACGCCGGUUCACAGUUGUCACCUUUAUCUACCGGACAUAAUUCUGCUGGCAACAGUAAUGCGGCACACAGAAAUACUAUUCAUAUACCACCACUGGAAUUGAUUCGGCUAUUGCCACCACUUUCCCCGAUGUAUCCGCUGGUUUCAAGCGGGAUGCAACGACCGGCGACACCUGCACCGGGACAUGGUAUCUUUGCCCAUGGUUUGGGUCCUCAAAGACAAGGAAUAACAAAUUCCCCAUCACUGAUGGAGCCAGCCAUAGCUCAGUUGGUAGAGCGGAGGACUGUAGAGUGUAAGCUGAGAUCCUUAGGUCGCUGGUUCGAAUCCGGCUGGCUGGAGAACGGUGCUGCAACACUCGGCACGCUUAAAGUUUCAGUUUUAUGUUUGCUCCCAUUGCUCCAUGCUGUGGGGAUGGCGACUACGGCAAGCAAACCACACAUACAAGCAUUGAACAAGAGUAAUAAAAAUGGUGGUUUUGGUGUCGCUGCACAUCAUCAAUAUCUUAACAGUACACAAGGCGUGCAAGGUAAUACUCUGCAGGGUAGUGGGAAUAAUCAGCAGCGAAACAUUCAGCAAAAUCAGAAAACUCGUAAACCCUUUUUUAUGCCUUACAUGAGCUUGGAUGCAGUGAAUCGCGGACUGGCCAAUGGAGAUCUUAUCAAGGGUAUUUUGCGUGUUAAUCAACGUAAUUAUGAGGAAUCAUUUGUGGAUAAUCCCAUGGGCGACGAACAGCAGGAUAUUUUGAUUCUUGGUGUCCAUGAUCGUAAUCGCGCACUUCAUGGUGAUAUUGUCGUUGUUCGCAUCAAGGAUAGGAACUGUUGGGUUGUUCGUGAUGCAUUGUAUGAAGCGUGGCGCGGUGGAAAUUUAAAAGCUCGUGUUGAUGACAAUGGCCAGCCAUUGACUAUUCCACCAAUCAAGCGUAGCGAUUAUGAAAUAGAACUGUCUCCAGCUGAACUUCUUGAUUUGCCCACACGCGUUGACAAAUGCAUUUCGAGUGAAAAAUUGAAAGAAGAUGUGCCUAUUACACGAAAUCGACAGUACAGCCGAGAACAGAUGCUAUGUAUUGCUGCGAAGCUUGAAUUGGAACGUCGUAAACGAGUUGUAGAUGAUGAAGCUGGUAUUGAUUCUGCUGUUCUGAGCACUAUAUCCAGACUUGCCAUUGUGAAGCGAACUGAUUCACCAAUAGGUCUUUCGCACUCUGGAACAUUGGCAUGUGGUACUUCCGCCUCAAGUUUGGGAUUGGGUACAAUAACGACACGGCGUAAUGGAAUUGGCACAAGUGGAUCUGUGCAGCGACGAUCAAAUUACCGGAUUUUAUCGGAUAUGCCGGAUGAAGAUUGGGGGAUUCCUGACAUGUGCCUCCAAAAAACCGCCGAGGUAGUUUUCAUAAGUGAGCAGAAAAAUUGUCGAGCUGCAGUAGGCAUGCUAAAAAUGAUGGCUGAUGGUAAUCGUAAUUGGGCACUUUUCUCGCCGGGUGACUCACGAAUGCCACGAAUGAUGAUACCAGCGGAGCAAACGCCCGCUACGUUUUUUGACCGUCCACAAGAUUUUGCAAAGUUCAUUUAUGUGGCACGAAUGGUAGAAUGGCAAGCAACAGCGCAGUUUGCACGAGGGAAGUUAUACAAGAGCCUCGGGAUGGCGGGCGACGUAGAAGCAGAAACAGAAGGCUUAUUACUGGCGAAUGAUGUUGAUACCCGACAGUUUUCACAAGCUGCACUUUCAUCACUUCCAAUUACCGAAGCAAUGGAGUGGAAAAUUGAUGAAAAAGAAUUCAAGUAUCGAAAGGAUUUCCGAGAUGAAACUGUAUUCACAAUCGAUCCAAGUACGGCACGAGAUUUGGACGAUGCUCUUCAUAUAAAGCCAAUUUCGGAUUGUGAUGGAGUUGGUAAUCCUGGUUGGGAGGUUGGUGUUCACAUAGCUGAUGUCUCACACUUCGUGCAGUUCGGCACUGAACUUGAUCAUUGGGCUUUUAGCCGUGGCACAUCGGUUUAUCUCGUUCACAAAGUGAUUCCAAUGCUGCCACAAAUACUUUGUGAACAGUUGUGUUCAUUAAAUCCUGGUGUCGAUCGGCUGACGUUUUCGGUGGUCUGGAAAAUCAAUGACCAAGGAGAGAUAUUUGAUGAGUGGUUUGGACGUACGAUUAUUCGGUCUUGUUGCAAAUUGUCUUAUGAACAUGCGCAGGAUUUUAUCGCUCAUUCAGAAAAAGAUUUAGUUUCGUCCGAGUUGCCGGAUAUUUCCAAUGGCAAAAAAUCAGAUGAACUGAAAGAAGCAGUACUUCGCUUGCAUAAGAUUGCACUCAUCUUAAAAAAGAGACGGUUUGAAAAUGGAUCUCUCUAUCUUGAUGUGCCCAAACUGAGAUUCACACUUGAUGAUACAUCGGGAAUGCCCAACGGUCUUUGUCUGGACGAACGUAAGGAAGCCAAUUUUCUUGUGGAAGAGUUCAUGCUUUUGGCAAAUAUAGCUGUAGCUCGGAAAAUUGAAUCAGCAUUUCCGAAGACUGCACUUUUACGACGACAUCCGCCUCCAAAAAUAAAAAUGCUACGCGAUAUUUUGGAGAAGUGUGAAAAGAUCGGCUUUGCAGUGGAUGGUUCCUCGAGUAGAUCUAUUUCUUCGAGCUUGCAAAAGUAUGAAGGAGACACUGAUUUAAAACGAACCGUUGUUCAGAUGCUGACGCAUUUACUGAUGAAAUCAAUGCAAUUGGCGUUAUAUUUCUGCGUUGGUUCAUUGAAAAACCGAGCUGAUUAUGCACAUUACGCUCUCUCGGUGCCGUUUUAUACUCAUUUCACCUCACCAAUACGUCGAUAUCCCGAUAUUAUGGUACAUCGUUUUUUGUCAGCAGCACUUGGUUACUCUCCAGCUCCAGGUUUAACUGUGAAAGAGAUCGAAACAAUAGCAAGUCACUGCAAUGAUAGAAAACUAAUUGCAAAAACAGUCUCGGAAGCAAGUGAUGAUAUGUUCUUUGGUGUCUUCAUUAAGGAAUAUGGACCACUAACCGAACGUGCUGUGGUAAUACAAGUACUUGAUGCUUCUUUCGAUGUUCUGGUCGUAAAAUACGGUGUUGUAAAGCGCGUUUAUACUAGUCGCCUACGAUUGGCACGAGAGCCACGCUUUAUUGAGGGUCCGUGCCCAUCACUUCUUCUUUACUGGGAUUCCACCAGUGAUGGUUCAAAUGCUGCGAUAGAGCAAGUUAUUUCGAUGUGUACCGUUGUCGAGGUAGUCCUUUCCGCACUUCCGGAACCAACGAAAUAUCAGGCAAUUAUUUUAUUUAAAACUAUUGUUAUUUAUAUGAGAUGA